CGUCCAGGCAAGGGGGCAGAACAAACAAGCUUUCACGGCGGUGGCGAGCCAGGGAGACCCCGGACAAGGUUUUGCGGGUGGAUGGUGUGUCAGUCGGUGUGGCCCGAAGGUCCUGAGUGCGUGGAAGGCAGACAGGAAGACAAAAAGGAAGAGAAAAGGAAGAAAAACCAUCGGAUCAGGAGGGCGGACGGUGAAGACGGGAUGGGGGUGGAGAAAGUAUAAUAUGCGGCGAGGCACCGAUCAAGAAGACGUCGAAUCGGCAGCCUUCCUGGCGCCGAGAAAGAGGAGGACCCUGCACGGCAGGCCGCCCCGAGAGGAGGAGCACGGACGGCAUGCGUCGUCGUCGGCCAAGCUUCCGGGCCUCUUGUUCGCCGCGAGCUGGGUGGUGUUCCUGGCCGCGGUCUGGGUUCACAGGCUGCCCUUGUCCGACAAGCGGUGCGUGAGGCAGCUGAACGUACCGUCACCGUUACAUGACGUGAUCGAGUUUGAAGACGUCCAGUUCGACAACGCAUUCCACAAACCCAGCCCCUACAAGGGCAGGCCGACCAAGGAGUUGGAGGAGAGGUGGAAGGACCUCUGGUACUACGGCUCCUUCGACCUCCCCGACUCGGCCCUCCCAGGCCUGCGCAAGCCCCCCGGCGGCACCGGCGGCCACCCGUGGGCGCGUACCGCUUCGGGAGGCCUGCUCGCCGGGCUCGAGGUCUUUCACAACCUGCACUGCCUCAACCUGGUGCGGCAGUACGUCCACCGGUCCGAGUGGGACUACUCGACCGACCCCGGCUUCUCCGGGACCGAGCAGCAGAUUCUUGAUCACGUCGACCACUGCAUCGAGGCCCUCCGCAUCCGCCUCAUGUGCAGCGCCGACGUCACGCCCUUCCUGCACCUCAACACGUCCGACAAGGGCGUCCAGCCCGACUUUGACACCCAGCACCGCUGCCCGCGGUACGGCAACAUUGUCGACUGGGCAAAGCAGCACCAGAUCAUGCGGAACCACGAUUCAUCUAAGCAAGCAGGACAUGGCUGAACAAGCUUUUUUUUUUUUUUUUGCCACGCUGAUGAAAGUACGAGCAUAUGCAUGACCUCCGGCUUCUGUCCUCCCUUAUCCGCCUGUGGGCCUCUGCUACUCGUUGGGCCUCCUCCAGCAGCCCUCGCCAGAAAAGAUAAGUGCACUUCUCUACUCCGA